CAAAGUAUCCAGGCAGCUCUACUCACCAAACUGUUCAAAGUUGACUAUUAAACUUCUCAGUUUAAGCAUUAUGACAAAGGAAGAAUCUUACAGGGAAGAAUUUAGUUAUGAUAGGAUGCCAACUUUGGAGCGCGGAAAACAACAGAAUGGAAGUUAUGUUCCAGAUAUUAAAUCUAGCAAUCUUCAGCUCUCCAAAAAAUUUCAUCCUUGUUUCUUUUAUAAAACAUGGAUUUAUUCAUUGCUGAUGGGGACUUGUAUUCUUGUUACUUCUGGAUUUUCCCUUUACCUGGGGAAUGUUUUUCCAUCUGAAAUGGAUUAUUUGCGUUGUGCAGCAGGUUCAUGUAUUCCCUCGGCAGCAGUGAGUUUUGCCAUAGCCAGAAACAAAGCUAAUGUGAUACCUGAUUUUCAGUUUCUGUUUGUUUCAACAUUUGCGAUUACAACAACAUGUUUAAUUUGGUUUGGAUGCAAGCUUGUGUUAACACCUACAGCAAUAAAUAUAAAUUUCAACCUGAUUCUCCUGAUUCUGCUAGAGGUUUUCAUGGCAACUACUGUAAUAAUAUCUGCUAGAUCUAAUGAGGAAUGCUGCAGGAAGAAAAGAACAAUUAUUUAUGAUACUACUAGCACAUUGAAUAAUGUCAACUUCCCAAUACGGAUCCUAAAAUCUUAUUCGGUGGUAGAAGUAAUUAUUGGAAUUUCUGCAGUGUUUGGAGGAAUAAUUGCCUUGAAUAUGGAUGUGCUAAUUUCUGGCCCAUACCUUUCGGUCACUUUUUUUUGGAUCUUAGUUGCUUGUUUUCCCAGUGCUAUUGCAAGUCAUGUUGCUGCUGAAUAUCCAAGCAAAUGCUUGGUGGAAGUUCUUAUUGCCAUAAGCAGUGUUACAUCACCCUUGUUAUUCACAGCUUCAGGAUACUUGUCUUUCAGUAUAAUGCGCAUUGUGGACAUGAUUAAAAAUUAUCCACCAACAGUUCAACAGUCUUAUGAUGUGCUGCUCUUGCUUCUAAUGCUGAUGCUGUUAGUUCAAGCAUUUCUGACAACUGGGACAGUCAUACUCUGUGUAAAUUUUAAAGCAAAAAUGAAAAUGCAUGAUUCGUUAUGGGUGGGGCCACUAACAAACAAACAAGAAUACAAAACAACAGAGGUCUCCAAUAACAGCAUGAAGGAUUUUGACAAAGAGAAAGCUUGGAAAGCUGUUGUAGUGCAGAUGGCUCAGUAAUCUGCACUUGGGAAACUGAACCAGGGAAAUUGUAGGGCUAAAUAAUGUUUGUAUACAAGGGCUGUGGUAUUAAAUGCAAAGCAACUAAUUUCAUAGCAACUCCAUUGACCAGAAUGGCUUGAAAACAAUUCUUGCAUCAGAAUAUUUUCAAUAAACAAUAACAUCCUUUAAAAGUAAUAGAUUGUUCUAAUAGUACACGUAUUUGAUUUUAGUUCAUCUUGAUUUCAGUAACUUUUUUUCUUUACAAACUGUGGUUUUAAACAGUACCAUUGUUAAUUAAAUAUUUUGACCACAUGAACAGUUAAUGCAAUUAGUUUUGUUAUUGCAAGAAACUAAUAUAAUUGCUGGUAUUUAACUGGUA